CACUCGUCACACAUUCGAUUCGUGUAUACAUAAAACUAUUUCGAUUUCGUUUCCUGAUUCGUAAUUUUCUUUGUGAAAGAGAUGAAUUUGUUUACAAGGAUAUCAUCUCGGACUAAGAAGUCCAAUCUUUACUACGUAACCCUAGUUGCGCUUCUCUGCCUCGGGAGCUACCUUCUCGGUAUUUGGCAAAACACCGUCGCCAAUCCACGCGCCGCCUUCGAUGAUUCUGACGGUACACCGUGCGAGGCAUUCAUCAGACCAGAUUCUGCCAAAGAUCUCAACUUCGACGCCCACCACAGCAUUCAAGAUCCGCCUCCUGUGCCGGAGACCGCCGCGAGUUUCCCGUCGUGCGCCGUCGAGCUGAGCGAGCACACGCCGUGCGAAGACGCUAAGCGAUCGUUGAAAUUCCCGAGGGAGAGGUUGGAGUACAGGCAAAGGCAUUGUCCCGAGAGAGAAGAAAUCCUGAAAUGCAGGAUCCCGGCGCCAUACGGAUACAAAACGCCGUUCCGGUGGCCGGAGAGCCGUGACGUGGCGUGGUUCGCUAAUGUGCCUCACACGGAACUUACGGUUGAGAAAAAGAAUCAGAAUUGGGUCCGGUACGAGAAUGACCGGUUUUGGUUCCCUGGUGGCGGUACCAUGUUUCCACGUGGCGCUGAUGCUUACAUUGACGAUAUCGGACGGUUGAUUGAUCUCAGCGACGGCUCUAUCCGCACUGCCAUCGAUACCGGUUGCGGGGUGGCAAGUUUCGGUGCGUAUCUUUUAUCAAGAAACAUUACAACGAUGUCAUUUGCACCAAGGGAUACACACGAAGCUCAGGUCCAGUUCGCACUCGAGCGUGGUGUGCCGGCGAUGAUUGGAAUCAUGGCUACAAUCCGCUUACCGUACCCUUCUAGAGCCUUUGACUUAGCACAUUGCUCUCGUUGCCUUAUCCCUUGGGGCCAAAAUGAUGGGGCUUACUUGAUGGAGGUGGAUAGGGUUUUAAGACCAGGAGGGUACUGGAUCCUUUCUGGACCGCCGAUUAAUUGGCAGAACCGUUGGAAAGGAUGGGAAAGGACGAUGGAUGAUUUGAAUACAGAGCAGACUCAGAUCGAGCAGGUCGCGAGAAGCUUGUGUUGGAAGAAAGUUGUUCAGAGAGAUGAUCUUGCUAUUUGGCAAAAACCCUUUAACCACAUCCAGUGUAAGAAAACCAUACAGCUUUUAAAGAAUCCAAAGUUUUGUCGUCAUGAUCAAGAUCCCGACAUGGCCUGGUAUACGAAGAUGGGUUCCUGUUUGACGCCGUUACCUGAAGUUGAUGAUGCGGAGGAUCUAAAGACGGUGGCUGGAGGGAAGCUAGAGAAGUGGCCAGCUAGAUUAAACGCAAUUCCACCGAGAGUAAACAAAGGCGAACUCACGGAAAUCACACCUGAAGCUUUCUUGGAGAACACGAAACUGUGGGAACAGAGAGUUUCUUAUUACAAGAAGUUAGAUUACCAGCUGGGUGAAACCGGGAGAUACAGAAACUUAGUUGACAUGAACGCUUAUCUCGGUGGAUUCGCGGCGGCUCUAGCGGAUGAUCCGGUCUGGGUUAUGAACAUUGUCCCGGUCGAGGCUAAGCGCAAUACUCUCGGUGUCAUUUACGAGCGCGGUCUCAUCGGAACGUAUCAAAACUGGUGUGAAGCGAUGUCGACGUAUCCAAGAACGUAUGAUUUUAUCCAUGCUGACUCGGUCUUCACAAUGUACCAAGGUAAGUGUGAACCGGAGGAGAUAUUGUUGGAGAUGGACCGGAUUCUUAGACCGGGUGGUGGAGUGAUUAUAAGAGAUGACGUGGACGUUUUGAUCAAGGUUAAGGAAUUAACCAAAGGAUUACAAUGGGAAGGUAGAAUUGCAGACCACGAGAAAGGUCCUCAUGAAAGAGAGAAGAUUUACUAUGCGGUGAAACAAUAUUGGACCGUUCCUGCUCCCGAGGAUGAUAAAAACAAUACCAGUGCUCUCUCAUGAUUUUGAGUUUUUUCUUUAACAAUGUUAUGUUUUUUGGUUUUGGUUUUGAUUUUUUUUUUUCUUGCAACAAUAAAUUCUCAAUGAUUGUUGUCAUUAUUCUUAUCAUAUGAAAUAAACAAAAAAUAGUUUACAGAUCGA